AUGUUCUGGAAAAAGAAGGCCGUCGAGCCACAGUCGCCUACUCUGCCUGCGCGGGGAGUGAGCAUGGACAGCCCACGCCCACAGCCCAUCCUCAAAGCCGCCUCGGACCAGCGCGGCGGCCCCAGCAUCCGCUUCGCGGGUGCCGCGUCCACCCAAGUCCAGCCGCAGCAGAGUCCCCAAUAUACCAGGCCGUCUCCUACCGCUGGUCCGUCGAACCUCGCAGCGCGCCCUCACACGAUCAUGAUGACCACUCCUCCCCCUACCGCUACUGCUUCCCCCGCGAUCCAGAGGAUCCAAGCACCUCGUCGAUCGUCCCGUCCAACCUCCCCGUCCGCUACCUCUUUCGGCGCGCGCAUACCACCUGGCCCAUUCCGUCAAUCCGGACCCCUCUCUACUCCUCCUCUCGCAGCCGCUGCGCACGUCACGACGCCUCCCGCGGCAUACGUGUCAAACAUGCACGCUCGUGCAGCACCACCACCAAGCCCCUACCGGCCUACAUCGGAACGGCGCGUCAGUCCACUAGGCGAGUUCCGAGGCGCGGAGAACCUCGCAGCUCGUCCACCGCGGAUCUCGAGUCUGUUCGAGACGCCGAGCGCGCCGGGGCGGUAUGUCAUGGCUCUAGGGGAUAGGACACCAAAGGGGUACGCGGGGGAAGAGGAGGACGAUGAGCAUCUGCCCACGUUCAACAUCAUUCCAGCGACGCCGCAGACGAUGGGGGAUGAGUGGCCUAUGCGGCGGAGCGCGUCGGGACCGGCGCUGGAAAGGGCGUUCCCACUGGACGAUAUGGUGGAUAUCCCACUGGAGACGUCGGCGUCCGCGCCCAUGAUACAGAGGGGAAUGGAGACUAUUGAGGAAGGGAUAACAGGGAGCGACUCGUUGCCUGCCAUCGCGGACCUCGAGUUCUCGCCCUUCGACAUGAACGUCUCGCUCCCGUCCAUGGAAUCGGGCAGCUCCAUCUCAUCCCUUCCUUACUCGCUGAACGCCCAACGCCAAUCCGCUAGCUACACGGCACCCCUCCUCUCCAACCCUCAAAUCCCACCACAAGAACCACUCCCUUCGCCGCCUUUCGAAUCGUACCCCUCACUCCCCUCGCUCGAUUCGGAGCGGUCCCUUCCCUCUUCGGCAUCCCAGACCUCCCUCCGGUCUUCCGCAUCUACCUCCUCCCUCGCCUCCUACUCGGAUGUCGAAGAGGCGCUCGGCUCGAUGCUCGCGUCCCUCUCUGAUCCCUCUAUGCCGCCCACUUCGUCCAUGCCGCGCAUGGACAAGGUGAGCAAGCAGUCAAAUCCGGGUCUGGGACUCGGCCUCUCGCUUCCUCCGUCCGCAUCCAUCACCGCUCCCCUCUCUCCUCGGCGAAAAGGUCCACCUCCAGCUCUGGACCUCACGUAUACAACCCGCGAGUCGGCCGGGCCAGACAUGCAGUCUGCACCAGCACGGAUCAAUCACCGGGUCGCAUUCUACACCACUGCUCGGGCGGCUCCCAACUCGUCCACCUCGGGCACAUUCUCCAACUCUAGUCACUCGAGUCACUCGCACACCGAAUUCAUCAUUCCUUCACCGCCCCGGUCGGACAGUGUGAGCUCGCUACUGUCUGACGAGACCCAAACGGCGCUGGUGAAGGACGUAGGGGGAUGGAGGGAUAGCAUGCGGAGUAGCAUCUCGUGUGGGAGCGAAGCGAGCGAUGACGAUCCAUACAUGGCGAGCAUAGUAUGCUUGAAGCCUGUGCAGGGGGGAGUGGCGGCGUUGUGCAGGGAAGAGGAAUAUCUGGCAGAGUCGGCCCUGGAGGUCGGACUGGCGAUGUAA